AUGGACUAUCCUGCACCAGCAUAUGGUAUAGUUGCUCCACCAGUUGAAUUUAGUAAAACAAAGUUUAUUAUUAUUAUUGUUUUUAUUGUUGUUAUUUUUGGACUGUUAAUCCUUGGUGCUAUAGCUAUUGCAUUAGGUGUUGGCCUUGGAGUUGGUUUAUCAAGAAGACAUGAUGAUUCAUCAAGUAGUAGUAGUAGUAAUAGUAAUACUGAUAGUUAUUCGAUUCUCUCACCGCCUACAGUCACUUGUACUUAUGGUGGUUCAACUACAUGUGGAUGUGCUGCAACAAAACCAUCAUUUUUAACACCAAGAAUAAUUCAAGGUUAUACUGCAACAGCUUAUUCUUGGCCAUGGAUUGUAGCACUUUAUAUAGAUAAUGAUAAAGCAUUCUGUGGAGGAUUUCUUAUAUCUUAUCAACAUGUUAUGACAGCAGCUCAUUGUGUAGAGGAUAUAAUACCGAGUACAAUUACAGUUUAUGCUGGUAUACAAACACUUUCAUCACGAAGUAGUGGUCAAUCUCGUGUUGUUUCUAGUUUAACAACUCAUCCAAGUUAUUCAACAUCAGAUUAUACAAAUGAUAUAGCUAUACUUACACUUCAAUCAGCAUUUAAUCAAACAACAAUUGUUGGUAAAUGUUGUUUAACAUUCGAUACUUCAUUACCAAGUAUUGAUGAGCAUGCUGUUAUUGCUGGUUGGGGAGCAACAUCAUCAACAAGUCAAACAAUAUCAGAUAAGUUACUUCAAGGUGUUAUUCAAAUUCAAAGUAGUUCAUCAUCAUCAUCACCAUGUUCUCUAAUGUCAAGUAGCAUUCAAAUUUGUGCUGGUUAUGCUGGUACUGAUUCAUGUUAUGGUGAUAGUGGUAGUCCAUUGAUGACUAGUGUUAAUAAUUCAUGGACAUGUACUGGAAUUGUUAGUUCUGGAAGAGGUUGUGGUACAAAUGGUCUAUAUACUCGAGUUUCAGCUUAUCAAUCAUUUAUACAAAGCAUUAUUGGCAGUUAA